AUGUUGCUACACAGUAUAGUAGCGUUUGCAUCGAUACCGAUUGCAUUUGCAAAGGUUCAAUUUUUGGGUGUCGCGAUCGCCGGAGGAGAUUUUGGAUGCCAAAUUGAUGGAACAUGUCCGACCUCAUCGGUUCAGUUUGCCGGUGAUGCCUCUGAUCAAAUGAGCCACUUUGUUGGUGAGGGCAUGAACUUGAUGAGGAUUCCUACAUCGUGGCAAUUUCUUGUAAACAAUCAGUUGGGCGGAACUCUGAACGAUGCCAACUUGGCAAAGUAUGAUCAGCUCAUUCAAGCCUGUCUUGGUACAGGAGCCCAUUGCAUGAUCGAUAUUCACAACUUUGCACGCUGGAAUGGCGGAAUCAUUGGCCAAGGCGGACCAUCAGACGACCAGUUUGUCAGCCUUUGGACUCAGCUGGCCACAAAAUAUGCGGCAAAUGACAACAUUGUGUUUGAGAUCAUGAACGAGCCGCAUGAUUUAGACAUCGACCUAUGGGCGCAAACCUGUCAGAAGGUAGUGACAGCAAUCAGAAACGCCGGAGCGGCAUCGCAAAUGAUACUUCUUCCUGGUACCAACUUUGAUAGUGCCGCAACUCUUGUGUCAAGUGGUUCAGCAGACAAGUUAAUGACCAUCACGAAUCCAGAUGGCAGCACGGAUGGCCUGGUCCUCGAUAUCCACAAGUAUUUGGACGAAGACAACUCGGGCACGCACGAAGAAUGUGUUACGGAUAACGUGGACGCUUUCACUGAGCUCUCUCUGUAUCUAAGGAAUAACGGGAGGCAAGGUCUCAUUAGUGAGAGUGGAGCGUCAAGCGACGCCUCCUGCCUGACAAACUUUUGUUCACAAAACGCAUUCAUCAACCAGAACUCGGACGUUUUUGUUGGCUUCGUGGCAUGGGCAGCGGGAAGUUUCUCGACUUCAUACGUCCUCAGCUUGACGCCCUCGAAGCAAAGCGGUCAAUAUGUCGACAACAGUCUCAUGACACAAUGCGUCUUUGGUCCUUGGCUGAGUUCGAGUAACACUUCUACGCCAACCACUACGAGCCAGAUUGUCUCUUCAACUACAUCAGCAUCAUCAGUCUCUUCGUCGUCAUCAUCACUGACGGUUUCAUCAGCAAUAGCAGCAUCAACAACCACAGGUAUUGCCUCGAUCGUGCUCUCGGGUACAAGCAUAGUCAUCCCAUCGACGUGGUCCCUCCAAACCGUGACCUCGCUCCUGAUCGAUACCGAACCGCCCACUCUGUUGCCGCCGAGUGCUACUGCAUAUAGCGGCAUGACUCUCAUCACGGCAGCGACCAGUACAACCGCCACCUCUUUGGCGUCUGCUACGACUGCAUCGAGCACUUCUCCCGUGCCAACGUCUGGAUCUAUUCCUGCCUCGGCACUACUCCAGUCUGUUGUCGCCAGACUUGUGGCCUGCGGUCUGCUUGUGCUGUGCUUCUUGUGA